AUGCUCAAAUAUUAUAAAUUUUUUAAUUCAGUGACAUCCCCUGGCCGCUCAUACUACGAGGAUGGCAGUGGUCGUGAUCUGACGAUUUCUGAUUCAGAAGAAUAUCAACAAGCGCCGCCCGCUCGCGACAGACCGGACAGAGUUUGUAUCACCUGUUGUGAACAUGGACAACUUUGUCGGGUAAGAACUUUCUUUACAAAGUGGGAAAUGGCAAGAACUUUCUUUACAAAAUAAAAAAUGGUAAGAACUUUCUUUACAAAGCAAAAAAUGACAAGAACUUUUUUUACAAAGCAAAAAAUGGCAAGAACUUUCUUUACAAAACAAAAAACGGCAAGUACUUUCUUUACAAAGCAAAAAAUGGCAAGAACUUUCUUUACAGGCCAAAAAACGACCGUUUUUUUUAUUAAUUUUCUCAUUUUUAGCUGGGAACUGAGAAUGACGACAAGUUGAGAAUCCAAGAGAUCGAGUCAAACCUCUCGGAUGGCUACGAACCCGUCGUACUUCAAAGAGAACGUCACGGGUUCACCUUGCACAAUAUGGGACCUCAAACGCAGUAAGUUGUCUUACCUGCCUUACCUUUCUUUUCCCUACUCUACCCUACUUCACUUCACCCUAUCCUACUCUAGCCUACCCUAUCCUAUCUUACCCUACCCUAUCCUACACUACCUUAUCCUACUCUCUUUUUUUUAAUCUAUAAUUGUCUAGGCCUUAAUCCAGCACUACCGGCAGUAAAUACUUUGUUGAUAAAACACGUCAUCAGCCCCUUUUCUACGAAGACGGUGACUUUGAAAACUACUAUUUGGGACAAAUUACUCAACAAGAAGCGAUGGAAAAUUGUCCCGAACGCACUCAAUUCAAGGUCUAUCAUAAGGUUUCUGAUGUGAAGGACUUGGAUGAACUAGAGCCUUGUCUUCGUAUGUUUGUGGUGUACCAUACUAGCAAGGGCGGAUAUUGGUACGUUUUUUGUUUGUUUUUAUAUAUUGGGCAUAAUAAAGUUAAGAAAUUUUAGAGUAGGGUAUGGUAGGGACAUAUUAAGGCAGCGUUCUAUGGUACGGCAGGGCCUAGAGUACCGUAGAGCAUAGGAUAAAGCUUAGGAUGCGGAACGGCUUAGAGAAAGGUAGGGCCUAAGGUACAGUAGGGCCUAGGGUACGGUAGGACUUAUGGUACGAUAGGGCCUAGGGUACGAUAGGGCCUGAAAUACAGUAAGGCUUAGGACACGGUACAGUCUAGGGUACGGUAGGGCUUAGGGUACGGUAGGACUUAGGGUAUAGUAGGGCUCAAGAUGCUGUAACUCUUAGAAUAGGGCAUGUACAGUAGAGACCUUUAAUGCCAAUUAUCGUAACCACUCUUGAGCCGGGCAAGGUAAAUCUUAUAUGCUUUGAACGUAGGGGAGGGGUCAAAAAGUGAUUAUAAAAAUUAAAACUUGGGUAUAUUAGUCACUUCCCAAUCAACUCUCUGAAAGCCGAGAAGCAAAAGUACUACUACGUUGAAUGUGGCGAUCCUGAUCCGCUCCGCUUCGCCGACAUUGAAUCCAUCGUGCGCUUCUACACGGUCUACGUCCAACUUCACUACUCCAACGAGAUGCAACAAGUGGAUCCGGAUGUGUUUUCAUGGUGGAAUCUGCCAGAGGAUCAAAUUAUCUACCUCAACCAAACUUCUUGA